AUGGCCGCGUCCUUCUACACGAAGUACGAGGUCUUGUGCAAAAUCGGCGAGGGCUCGUUUUCGGAGGUUCUGAAAUGCCAGGACCGGAACACAGGCCAGCUGUUCGCGGCCAAGAGGCUUCGGAACGCGUACCGGUCCCCCGUGGAGGCCGCCAACAUCCCCGAAGUGGUGGCGGCGCGGAAGCUCAAGCCCCAUGCCAACGUCCUGCACCUGCUGGAGCAGCACUACGACGUGGCUUCCGGCUCCGUCACGCUCAUCUUCGAGCUCAUGGAGCGAUGCCUCUACGAGCUGCUCCAGUCCAGAGUCAGGACGCUGCCAGAGGUGCGCGUGCGCUCGUUCCUGUACCAGCUGCUGCAGGGCUGCGAGCACCUGCACGGCAACGGCAUCUUCCACCGCGACGUCAAGCCCGAGAACAUCCUAGUCAAGGGUGACUGCGUCAAGCUGGGCGACCUGGGCUCCAUCCGGGGCAGCUACUCCAAGCCGCCCUACACGGAGUACAUCUCGACGCGCUGGUACCGCUCGCCGGAGUGCCUGCUCACCACGGGCUUCUACGGGCCCAAGAUGGACAUCUGGGCGGCCGGCUGCGUCUUCUACGAGAUGCUCACGCUGAAGCCCCUGUUCCCCGGCUCCAACGAGGCGGACCAGCUGGCCAAGAUCCACGGCAUCCUGGGAUCGCCGCACCCCAGACUCUACGCCAAGCUGCGCCGCCACUGGCUGCAGUCGCGGUCACUGCCGCUGUUCCCCGACACGCCGGGCUGCGGGCUGGGCAAGCUGGUGCCCUCGCUGGGGGAGAGCGGGCGCGACCUGCUCCGGCUGAUGCUGCUAUACGACCCGGACCAGCGCGCCCCCGCCCGCCGCCUGCUUAGGCACUCGUACUUCGCGGACCUCCGGAGCUGCGGCAGCGCGGCGUCGUCCAUGUCCUCGGUGUGCACGCGCCGCAGUGUCCGCAGCGUCCAGCGAGCCCCGUCCCGCGACCCGGUGAUGUCGCUGUGCUCCGGCUCGGGCUCCGGCUCCGGUUCCUGUGCCGGCACCACCGUCAACUCGGGCGGCGACAGGGCGCGCGACGUGCCCCGCACCAACAGCUGCGCCCCGCCCUCCAGGAUCCCCAUGCGGCGGGGCUGCUCCACGCUGCAGCAGGCCAUGCAGCAGGGGGCGCGCGCGCACGCCGGACUGGCGGCGCCGCCGGGGAUGCGGCCGCGGGGAUACGGCCAGCGUUCCUGCUCCACCAGCUUCCUGCCGCGCGUGCCGGCCGCGCACAGCGCCACUCUGCACGCCAUCGCGGAGGCCCAGGCCCAGGCCCAGGCCCAGGCGCCGACGGGGGCCUUGGCGCCCCCCAGGAAGGCUGAAAAUACUGUGAGUCGAAAUGCCGAAAAAUAUGGAACGCAGUCACAGACGACCGCUAUUCGUCCCGCCUCCCCAUUUGGUGGUGGUGGUGAAUCACGCAGUGAACGGACACGCAGCGAUUGA